AUGGACCAAAACAUUACUCGAAGACGAGGUGUAGGGACAAGAGGUAUCGACGAGAAGACGGUGCUGGAUGGAUAUACUGUUAUAGCUCCAUUGACUGGCAAGAAGGUAUAUCUCGUGAACAACGCAGGCGAUAAUGUCCAUACAUGGGACCUACCAUAUAGAGUAGGAAGAUACGCCAAGAUCUUAUCAAAUGGUAAUCUUGUUGUGGGAAUGAAAGAUCCGGAAGCGACCGCCCCUUUCCCCUUUUUCAAUAAGUACGGUGGAGGGGUGUAUAUGGAGUUGACUCCUGAGGGAAAAGUCGUUCAUGAACUUCGUGAUCCUUUAGGCCAUCACGACUGCUUUUACGAGGGUGAUGGACAUUUUUUCUAUGCUGGACUUGAGGUAUUAACUCCUGAACAACAAGCCGCUUUACCUGGAGGUGUAGAAGGGACAGAAGCACCAGAUGGAAAAGUAUACGCCGAUACAAUUCGAGAAGUAAAAGACGGUAAACUUGUUUGGGAAUGGAGGGUAUCGGAACAUCUUGAUCCAAAGAUAUUCCCAUUACAAGCUCAUUAUCCCAGAGAACAUUGGCCGUUAAUCAAUGGUAUCUAUCCGUUGAAAGAUGGAAAUAUCUUGGCGUCCUUGAGAAGUGUUUCAGCUGUUAUCAUCAUUGAAAAAUCGACUGGAAAGAUCAUAUGGCAUCUUGAUUCUACAGUGGUGGCGCAACAGCAUAAUGCAAAUGAGCUCCCUAACGGAAACAUACUGAUAUUCGAUAAUGGUGCUUUCAGACACAGAGAAAGUUUCCAGUGGUCUAGAGCUCUUGAGAUUGAUAGAAAAACAAAAGAGAUAGUUUGGCAAUGGCAUGCUUCCCCAAAGGAAACAUUCUUCACACCCUUCAUGGGAUCCGCCCAACGUCUACCAAACGGAAAUACACUUGUGUGUGAAAGUGCUUUCGGAAGAGUCAUCGAAAUAAAUACACAGAACGAAAUGUGCUGGGAAUACGUUUGUCCUCACUUUGCCGUGUAUCCUGAGCCUGAAGCUGCAGGAUUUUACCCUGUCGAAAGUAAUGCUUUGUUUAGAGCUUAUAAGUAUUCGAAGGAGCAAAUCCCAUGGUUGAAAAAGUAA